AUGGCUCCGCGCGGAGGCUCAUCUAGGCAGAAGAGCUGCAACGCCUGUGUGAGGAGCAAGCGACGCUGUGACCAGCGGAUCCCAGCUUGUGCUAAUUGCACCAAGAAGAAGCGUCUCUGUAUCUACGGGCAACAGUCGGACACGCAGUCAUACGGUAACUCUGCGGGUGUUCCGACAAGUCUAGACUCUUUCAACGGUCCUCCGUCUACGUCCUACGGUGACGAUUUUGUACUAGAUGACGGCAACGUCCCUACUACUACUAUGGGCAUUGACGUAGAUAUUUUCCCUGAUGAAACUAUUCACCUCGAUAGUACGUUUGAGUCUCUAUUGGAUUCGAUGGAUGGGUACCGAUUUGGCGAUCUACCCGGGCUACCCGAUUUCUCGGGGCGGGAUACACAGAUAGCAUCAAUUCCAAAGAGUAAAAUCCUAUCUCCUGAAAACUAUUCCAGGAUGGUAGCUGUAUGCGACGAUUAUGCUCCGUGGCAACUUGAGGACUCUUCAACUAGAAUUGCUUACGCGAUGAAAACUUUCAAAGGCUUCCAUAAAACUAUUGCCCAAGAUAACUCCACUAUUUAUAUGCAUCGUCACUUAUAUCUAACUAACACGUCACCCUGUAUCCUACAAGCGUUUUCGGUGUGUGUUCUCUACACGAACCAGACGGAGGCAAACCGUGGCUUUGUCCUUAGAGUUCUUCACGAGAAUAUCCAUAAUCUUAAAACAACGAAGCUUGCAAGAGUCCACGCUCUACUUGUUUAUCAAACCAUUCGUAUGCUUGAUGGAAACGCCACUCUAGGGCAACAAGCAGAUGGUGAUGUACCGUUAUUAGAAGCUUGGAACGAGGAACUGCACAAGAUAAGAGAUAACCUCGAAGACUUCGCUGAACUAGAUGUUGCUGAGAUUCGUAAUAAACCACCCGAGUCUUGGGAAUGCUGGUUAUUCGCAGAGAGCAUUAGGAGAACUUAUAUGAUAUGUGCUGCUCUUGCUCACUUUUGUAAUUUAUUGAAAGGGCAGAGGAUACCUGCUGAUCUUGGGGGUUGGCAAUACGUCCACCGGUGGACCCUAUCGAGACACCUGUCGAAUACAGUCCCUUCACAACCAACAUCGAGGACUCCCAGAUCAGCCUCCUCGCCACAUGUCGGGAUCUCGGCGUCGCCGUCGAAGCCUCCUCGCCCCUCUCGCGCGGCCUCCUCAGCGACCGGAUCAAGAGCCCAGCCGGCUUCGAAGCCGACGACGUCAGACGCCACUACCCGCGCUUCUCGGCGGACAAUUUCCCCAGGAACAUGGCUUGCGGUCGAUGAGCUGAAGACGGUCGCGGCGGGAAAGGGGUGGACCGCCGCCCAACUGGCGCUCGCGUGGCUGCUUGGCCAGGGAGACGAUGUCUUUCCGAUUCCGGGGACCACGAAAACCGCGCCGUUGGAGGAGAACUGCGCGGCUGCGUCGAUCUCGCUCUCGGCAGACGAGGUUGCGCGGAUCCGGGCCCUCGUCGAAAAUGCCUCGUGUCCCGGUGCUCGUUAUUCGCCGGAGCAUAGUAUUGCUCUGUUCGCUGAUACCCCGUUACCCGAGGACCACGUCCCAGACCUGGAGAGUCGUGGUCAGUUGUCAAUUACCGGCACUCUAUAUAAAUCGAGCACGACUACGGAACGUGACUGA